GCGUGCCAUGGGCCAGGCAUCCAGGCUAGGACCUUCCAGUCAAAGAUUUGAGAAUGAAUGGAGUCCGUUGCGUGACUCGCUGAACUCUCCCACAUAAUUAGCGAGACGACACUGUGGCCUAAACCGUUGUUCACCCCUCUUGUCACGUGAUUGGCAUCCAAGAUGGCGGGGGCCACCAACUUGCAGUGGGUCCUCUCUGCGUUAUUUCCAGAUCCCCGCCUGUAUAUGGAUGUAAACCAGAGAGGACUCAUCUGCCCAGUGUGUAAUGACCAGUUCAAGUCGCCCCUCACCCUCCCCUGCCUCCACUCCGUCUGCCGGAAGUGCGCCGAGGAAAUUCUCGUGUCUCGCGAGAACGAGAGGAGUCACGUCACUUCCGGCAGGUACACCCCUGUGAAUGAACCCCGCAGUGUGUUGAAGUGCCCGGCCUGUAAGAAGGAAGUACCGCUGGACUCCCGUGGUUUGGACGGACUCACGGAAAACUUCAUCCUCAGAAACAUCAUCGACUCCAUGAAGGAAGCCAAAGAGUAUUCCGAACUGGACGACGACCUGGGCGUCCAGUGUGAUGUCUGUCAGGACGAGCCGGCCAACCUCGCUACUAAGACCUGUGUGAAGUGCGAACUCUGCUACUGCGAGGAGUGCCUGAACUUGACCCACCCUCCGGGGCGCCCCCUGACGGGCCAUCAGCUCAUUGCACCCACACGUGACCCGAAGUCAAACAUCGUGAGAUGUCAGGAGCACAACGAGAUCAUAUCGCUGUACUGCGAGGAUUGCGACACGGUGGUCUGUCCGACAUGCCGCGCGCGAAGCCACAAGAACCACAGGGUGAUUCCAACGGACGAAAAAUACCGUCAGAUGAAGGCUGCCCUGAAGGACAGAGUGAAAAGUUUGGUGAACGUCAACAGUACAUACGUGCAGCACAUCGGGAAGUUACGCUCUGUCUGUGACGGCAUUCAGAGUCAUUUCGACAAGCAGGAGGGUUCGGUUAAAAAGGAGUUCUCCGACGUGAAGUCUAUGGUGGAGAAGAAAGAGAAGGACAUGUUGACCACGAUAGAGAAAGAGAGGCGGGAGAAGGUGGAAGUUCGGCAGCAGCAGAUUGACCACUACCGGAAGACGUUAGAGAACACCACGGCUGCCGUCAGUUUUGCUCAAGAGGCACUGAGAGAGCGGGGACAGGCGUCAUUUCUACAGGUUUGA